GGCCCGCCCGCCGUUUCCCGCGCGCGGAGCUCUCGCGAGAGCCGCGUGCUGCGGACGGGGAGGACAAGAUGGCGGCGACAACGACGAUGGCGCUGGGUACGGAGUCCAUUAAGAUGGAGAACGGGCAAAGCACGGCAGCAAAGCUGGGGCUGCCCCCUCUCACCCCAGAGCAGCAGGAAGCUCUCCAGAAAGCCAAGAAGUACGCGAUGGAGCAGAGCAUCAAGAGCGUGCUGGUGAAACAAACCAUCGCCCACCAGCAGCAGCAGCUCACCAACCUCCAGAUGGCAGCAGUGACAAUGGGCUUUGGAGAUCCUCUCUCACCUUUACAAUCGAUGGCGGCCCAGAGGCAGCGCGCGCUCGCCAUCAUGUGCCGGGUCUACGUGGGCUCCAUCUACUACGAGCUGGGCGAGGACACCAUCCGCCAGGCCUUCGCCCCCUUCGGGCCCAUCAAGAGCAUCGACAUGUCCUGGGACUCCGUCACCAUGAAGCACAAGGGCUUUGCCUUUGUGGAGUACGAGGUUCCUGAGGCCGCCCAGCUGGCCCUGGAGCAGAUGAAUUCUGUCAUGCUGGGGGGCAGGAACAUCAAGGUGGGGAGGCCCAGCAACAUCGGGCAGGCUCAGCCCAUCAUUGACCAGCUGGCAGAGGAGGCCCGGGCCUUCAACCGCAUCUACGUGGCCUCAGUGCACCAGGACCUGUCCGACGACGACAUCAAGAGCGUGUUCGAGGCCUUUGGGAAGAUCAAAUCCUGCACCCUGGCCAGGGACCCCACGACAGGGAAGCACAAAGGCUACGGCUUCAUUGAGUAUGAGAAGGCGCAGUCCUCCCAGGACGCCGUGUCCUCCAUGAACCUCUUUGACCUGGGGGGUCAGUACCUGCGGGUGGGCAAGGCCGUGACGCCCCCGAUGCCACUCCUGACCCCGGCCACACCUGGAGGGCUCCCCCCUGCAGCUGCUGUGGCUGCUGCUGCUGCCACCGCCAAGAUCACGGCUCAGGAAGCCGUGGCAGGAGCUGCAGUGCUGGGCACGCUGGCAACCCCGGGGCUCGUGUCCCCUGCCCUGACCCUGGCCCAGCCCCUGGGGGCUCUGCCCCAGGCCGUGAUGGCUGCACAGGCCCCUGGUGUCAUCACAGGUGUGACCCCCGCCCGGCCGCCCAUCCCGGUGACCAUCCCGCAGGUGGGGGUGGUGAACCCCAUCCUGGCCAGCCCCCCGGCGCUGGGGCUGGUGGAGGUGAAGAAGGAGAAGGAGGAGGAGGAGGUGUUCCAGGAGUCGGAGCGGCCCGAGAUGCUGAGCGAGCAGGAGCACAUGAGCAUCUCGGGCAGCAGCGCCCGCCACAUGGUCAUGCAGAAGCUGCUGCGCAAGCAGGAGUCCACGGUGAUGGUGCUGCGGAACAUGGUGGAUCCCAAGGACAUCGACGACGACCUGGAGGGAGAGGUGACGGAGGAGUGCGGCAAGUUCGGGGCUGUGAACAGGGUCAUCAUCUACCAGGAGAAGCAGGGCGAGGAGGAGGACGCCGAGAUCAUCGUCAAGAUCUUCGUGGAGUUCUCCAUGGCCUCAGAGACUCACAAGGCCAUCCAGGCGCUCAACGGGCGCUGGUUUGCGGGCAGGAAGGUGGUGGCCGAGGUCUACGACCAGGAGAGGUUCGACAACAGCGACCUCUCAGCAUGAACUGCACCCCGGGGCUGGCCUGGGGCUGGGGCUGCUCCCAGGGCCUGGAUCUGGGGCUGCUCCCAGGGCCUGGAUCUGGGGAUGGGCCUGGCUCUGAUCCCAGGGCCUGGAUCUGG